AUGGUGCUUCACGAUUGUUUCCAUCUGUUUAACUCUCUUCCGGCCGAGAUUCGACGCGCUAUAUGGAUCGAGGCACUAUCGCAGCCAAGAGUUAUCAAGAUCAUAGGACCCCACCAAGAUCCCAUCAAUCGCUUUGUUCAAAUGGGUGUCGAUACCGGCCCCACGAUCCCGUCUACCGCCAUGGCGUGCUCCGAGGCAUACGACACCCUCAAAGAGGCAUUCCCAUGCCUGGCCGUCCCCCAUCACAAUAGCCCCCGCCGCGUGUGGGCGUUCCCCAAAGACUGCAUCCUAUUUCUGGACGGCUGCGACACCGUCCAAGUCGACAGCUUCACCUUGGCACAGGUCCCGGGAUACACAGCACAUAUCGACCGCAUUACCCAAGUCGCCAUCAGCCUCCAAGGCAGGUCAUGGCCGUUCACUUUCCAAGCCAUGGGCCGGAUGUCCAGAAUUUGCCCCAAUCUCCGAAAGAUACUCCUCAUCCAUGAAAACGGUGCAGCGUCGGACGAGAAUAUCAGGGCCAUGAUCACGACCGCAAUGUCCCGAGACGGCGGCAAUAACUUCCCGCGCCACAAGCUGCAGAUCAAAGCCGAGUUCCAGAUCGAGAUAUUGGACUUAUAUGACUGUUACUUCCCCGAAUGGCCUCGGAAGCCAGAGCUUCUCAUUCUAGCCACAGUUGCGAUUAACCCGCCUUGGUCGCCAUUGGAUUUGGUUUCGUGGCCACUGCCGCCAUUCCUGCAGUACACUGGUUAG